GGCUCGCCUGAGGCUGCUGGAAAUGUCGGACCCCGACUGGCGCCCGGCGCAGGGUGCCAGUCCCGCGCGGGGAGAGGUGCCGGCGGGAAGCCGGGCCGUGGCUCAGAAGCGUGAGCCCUGUGGGGGCUCCUUCCAGCGUCCAAGCUGGCGGAGCCCCGGUUUUUUGUAUGAGUGGAGAAGACAGUUGUUAGAAGUGGAAGUGACAAAAUAUUUUUAGGAUGUUUGAAGAUGAAGAAAAAGUGAAAUUACGCCGUCUUGAACCAGCUAUCCAGAAAUUCACUAAGAUAGUAAUCCCAACAGAUCUGGAAAGGUUACGAAAGCACCAGAUAAAUAUUGAGAAGUAUCAACGCUGCAGAAUCUGGGACAAGUUGCAUGAAGAACAUAUCAAUGCAGGACGUACAGUUCAGCAACUCCGCUCCAAUAUUCGAGAAAUGGAAAAGCUUUGUUUGAAAGUCCGAAAGGAUGACUUAAUACUUCUGAAGAGAAUGAUAGAUCCUGUUAAAGAAGAAGCAUCAGCAGCAACAGCAGAAUUUCUCCAGCUGCAUUUGGAAUCUGUUGAAGAACUUAAAAAACAGUAUAAUGAUGAAGAAACUCUAAUACAGCCUUCUUUGACCAGAUCCGUGACUGUUGGUGGAGCAAUUCACACUCCUGACACUGAAGCUGAUUCUCAGAGUUUGACUCAGAUAUACGCCUUGCCUGAAAUUCCUCGAGAUCAAAAUGCUGCAGAGUCUUGGGAAACCUUAGAGGCGGAUUUAAUUGAACUUAGCCAGCUGGUCACUGAUUUCUCUCUCCUAGUGAAUUCGCAGCAGGAGAAGAUUGACAGCAUUGCAGACCAUGUCAACACUGCUGCUGUGAAUGUUGAAGAGGGAACCAAAAACUUGGGGAAGGCUGCAAAAUACAAGCUGGCAGCUCUGCCUGUGGCAGGUGCACUCAUCGGAGGAAUGGUGGGGGGUCCGAUUGGCCUCCUUGCAGGCUUCAAAGUGGCAGGAAUUGCAGCUGCACUUGGUGGUGGGGUGUUAGGCUUCACAGGUGGAAAAUUGAUACAAAGAAGGAAACAGAAAAUGAUGGAGAAGCUCACUUCCAGCUGUCCAGAUCUUCCCAGCCAAACUGACAAAAAAAGCAGUUAAAAACCAGACUCUGGUAUUUCUGGCACCAACAUAUUGAGCCUAAUAAGCACCUUGCUGCUGUUGGACACUCAGUCAGCUUUUGUAACACUACGUAUCAGGACAGUGGCUCUGGAUGCCCAAAUGUGACUGAACCACGAUAACAGAUGUAUUUUCUUUUGCGGGGUGUUGAUGGAGAUUUUAGGGAUCGAGGCGCUUAGGGUGUGUAAUGUCUUGUCAGGUCAAAUUUAAAGACUGCCAAGGAGCAAAAUUCUGCCUGCAAAUGUGAAAACUGAAUUUAAAACUUGGUUAAGGACUUAGGAUACGUCCUGGAAUUGGAGACCUUAGGACUAAGUGUAUUUGUACAUUGCUCAGGCAUGUUAGUGGCGAGAAGGACAGGAGUUCAGAAGCCUUUCUGUCAGAUAGGGAACUCGGCCCAACUAGAGGCACAGGUGAACUUGAAAAUGGUCUCUGUUUGGUGAACCUGACUGCAGGGUGAGCCAGGUUACAUUAUUUUUAGGUGAGAGGAAGUAACAGUAGAAGAAAAUGGAAAGAGGCCUGGUUUCUCUUUCUCUUGCUUUCCCUCCUUUGUAACUUCGCAAAGCUUUCCAGGUUGCGGGGCGAAUUCUACUCGUGUGUAAUGAGCACUUUCUCAUCGUCCACCUUUCAGUACUGUUUCCCAUCUGUUUCCCUUCCUGUGACCUUCAAGUUUAAAAAGACGGAAACUUCCAAUAUUUCCAACACGGUUAGAGUUUGGUCUAAGAAUACGGAGGCCCUGAAAUCACGAGGCCAUAUCCUGGGGUAUUCUCUGGAUAUGAGCGGCUGAUGGACCCCACUACACCAGGGGUUCUGAUCCUGUCUUCUUUUCAACCUGCCUUUGGGGGAGCAAAGAACUAACUUUCUACCUCACUGCUGCGACUGCUGUCCCUUCCGCAGGCUUCUCCAUCUCCUGUACUUUCCACAGUUGCCGCUCUUCCCAAGAAUGCCAUUCAUGCUUAACUUGCUUCGCCUUCUUCGGGGCUGACAGAGCUGGUCCCGAGACUCGGCCUCAAAGAAGGGUUUGCGGUGCUAAUGCCGACAC